AUUGAUUUUACUCAUGUACCCAAAAUUGGUAAGAAACAGCAAUACUUACUGGUCACAGUUGAUCAGUUUAGUAGAUGGCCCGAGGCCUUUGUGACAUCUAGGGAAGAUGCUAGGACUGUAGUGAAGAUUCUUGCUACUGAAAUUAUUCCCAG